UUUCCAUACUUGUAUAAAAACUUGAAACUCUGAACUUCUCAGAGACCAUCGACACAUAUUAUUAGUUCUUCUAACCAAUUCCAAGCAGCAGCUUCAAUGGAGGUGAGCAAUAGAUUCGUAGCAACAAGAACCCACAUCGACGAUUUCCCAGUUGAGUCAGAUUUUGAGCUCAAUUCUGAAGCUGUUGUUCUUUCUGUGGCGCCUGGUUCUGAUGAUAUCAUCCUCAAAACUCUCUAUGUUUCCAUUGAUCCAUAUCAGAUCAACCGAAUGAAAUCCCACAACUCUUCGCACAAGACCUCAUCUUUUGCCACCCCCAUCAGCCCUGGCCAGCCCAUCGAUGGGUUUGGUGCAGCAGAAGUUGUGGCGUCUGGGAACCCUGAUUUUAGAAGGGGUGAUUUGGUGGUGGGGCUCAUAAAUUGGGCAGAGUACACCGUAGUGAAAGCCCAGAAUAGGCUGCUUAGAAAAUUGGACACAGCUUUGGAAUUUCCCAUAACUCAUCAUCUUGGAAUUUUUGGGCUGAGCGGGCUGACUGCACACGUCGGUCUGUUCGUGGUGGCCAAGGCUAAGAAGGGGGAGAAAGUUUUUGUAUCUGCAGCUUCUGGGUCUGUUGGGAAUUUGGUUGGACAGUUUGCAAAGUUGCAUGGCUGCUACGUCAUUGGCUGCGCUGGUUCCGAUCAAAAGGUGACAGUUCUUAAAGAGAAGCUAGGAUUCGACGAUGCGUUCAAUUAUAAGCAAGAAAAGGAUUUGACAUCCACGUUGGAGAAGUACUUCCCUGAUGGGAUUGAUGUUUAUUUUGACAAUGUGGGAGGCGUGAUGCUGGAAGCAGCGGUGGCGAAUUUGAACACGUUUGGAAGAGUGGCUCUGUGCGGUGUUAUUUCUGAGUACACCAAUUCAAAAAAGGCUGCCCCAAACAUGCUUGAUUUGGUGUACAAAAGAAUCAAAAUUGAAGGGUUUUUGGCUGGGGAUCAUUUUGAUGUGUACUCAGAUUUCAUAGCCAAGGCUUCUGAUUACAUUCGUUCAGGCAAGAUUGAAACACUUGAAGAUGUAUCAAUGGGCAUCCACAGCAUUCCCUCUGCUUUUGUUGGACUGUUUAAGGGUGAUAAUAUUGGCAAGAAAAUAGUCAAAUUUGCAGAGUGAUUGUUGAAACCAAAGGGGAAUUGAUCCAAUAUUUUGAUUUUGUAGUUGUGUGCCUCUCGCCAAUUUGCUGGUUUGGUUUACAGGAGAAUUAUAAUAAAAGAGAUGUAAUUUAUGCUUAGGUGUUAAACUUUGUUCUAGGAGCUUAAAGGGAGGGUUUAGAAAAUUUGUCCCCUUUUUAACUUUUGUUGGAGGUGUAAUUACGAAAAUGCUCUUCUUACACUUUAAAUAAUUAAUUUAUGGGUCAGAUUGGGAUUCAAAAUA